CUUGCGCGUGGGGCAGCCUCCACAAUAAAGCCUCAACCUGACCUGCGCCUCCUGUGCUGCUCAUCGUCCCACCAGCUGCAUGUCCCCUCAGAGCGUAUGGUGAUGACGGCUGCUUCAAGGAGCCUGUUCCAGACACUUGAGUGCAAGCAGGGCGCUGUCUGUCUCGGCAGGCGCGUGGACCACGUGACGCAGUGGCCUGAAGGCGAGUUCCAGCACCCCAGUAAUCGGCCACUGAGACUCCUCUUGUUUCUGCUCAUUGGCACCUUUCCUCACUCGCAGCAGCAUGAAAAAAGUGCAGAUUAGUUGCAGAGCUGCGCAUCUUCCUGCUAGAUUGCACCAACUGCAUUUGGAGAUUAAAUAACUUGGGUCCCACAAAAAGCUUUUGUGUGGGUUAAACCAGAAUAAGUCAUCUCGGCCAGUGGGCUUUGAAGUGAAGGUAGAAUUUGGCUAAGGGGUGGGGGAAAGGUUAUAGUAAUUAACAGGUCCUUGUCCUCAUGUUCAGGAAGAAAGGUAUGAGGAUUGUGCUAAUCUAGACCACAUGUGCUGUUCAGUCCCAGAAAGGUACUUUGUCUUCGUAGACCAGCAGUGCUCAAGGUUUUCAUCCUGCAGGCCAGAUGAGUGGCAUGGGGCUCGUCUGCAGGCUGGAUUGGGCCCUACACUGCCUCAACCCAGCCCCAUGCACUAGGUGUGGGCUCUGCAUUGGGGCCAGGCCCUGUGCCACCUUGUCUGCUCAAUCUAGCAGGCAGGGCCACAGCUGAUUUGGGGGGGGGGGGGGCCUGGCCUGCAGAUCCAUGGGGAAGCCCCCCUCCCAGGCUGAAUAACCCAGGGGUUGGGGGUUGAGCACUUAUCAUGGACAAAGGAGGUUCUCACAAGAUUAAGUGAUAAAGAAAUUCCUGUUUUAUGGCAUAUAAGUUAAAGUUGGACUUGGGUGCAAAGUUUGCUGCUUUCCAGGCUUUUUUUACUGCCUGGUCAUCAGUCUUUAAAAAGUAACGAGAACACACUGUUUUUCAUCCCUGUCCGUGGUAGUUGAACAUUCUUGGCAAAGCUAAAUGCUAAAGGGGCUUUACAUGUUCAAGACAAUGAAUUUGGUUCCAGUUUGGGGACUUUGUGUCCAUGUGUGUCUCUCCCUUUUCCCCCCCCCCCGCCGGGGUCUCUGUUCUCGGCUAACAUCCGCCCUUUAUGGAUGGUAAAGUGACUAAGGCUAACCUUAGCUGCUGAGAGUGCUCUCCCUAGGGAAACUGAAUGCCAGUUCCUGCCUUUGGAAUGACUGGAGAGAGGUAGUUAGCUGUAAUAGUCUGAAGUCAGGCAGAAGGCAGGGUAGAUGCACCUAAAAGACUAACUAAAUGAUGAACCUUGGGUGUGCCCAGGGCUGAAACAAAGCUAUGGAUAUGGGCAGGGUGGUUUUUUGCCUUUCAUUCUUUUUUUUUUUUUUUUCCUCUUUAUAUAUGUGAAGCUCAAGGAAACCUAGGUGAAACCGAUUAAUUUGUUUCUUUAUUUAAUGAAUCUGCUGGGAGCUAAGGUUGUAUGUAAUCCCUUAAGAGUUUGGCAUUUAGUAUAGCCUUGGCUCAAGGGGUUUGUACAGUCCCUUUCAGCUUCUGCUAUGAGGGAGAAAAGUUGCAUCUGGUAGAAACAGGAUUUCAGUGCUAAGCCACCAUGUCAGCUAAUGCUAAUUCCUGUGUCAUUUAAUCUUGUGCUCAGGUAACCUAAUUUGGGGUGGAGGGGAAUCAAGUCUAAGGACCUGAAACUGUCUAAAACCUUCCAAACCAUAGGGACAAAAAGAACAGGCAACAGCAACUGGGGAAAAAAGUGUCAGAGCUCUUCAAAGGCGGAUUUUAAACUAGGAUCAGGUAACUAGGACUAGAACAGUAGCAGGAAGCCCUUAAGGCUAUAAUAAUAAGACUGAGUAAUAGCAGCAUCUGUAGUACUUAUGAGGUCUGUUAUUAGUGAAAACACAGGCUGUUUCUGUAACAUUUCAGCAGCCUAGAGGAUCUUGCUCCCCCUUUCCAUCUUAAGUUUCAGAAUCUAAAUGACAGGCUUGGUUGGCUUUUUACAAGCACAAUGGAGGAAAAGGUAUAAAAUAUCCUUUUCAAGCAGCACUUCACAAAGUGACUUUUACUGAGCUCCUAGUGGCCCCUCUUCAAAUCUGGCCUUGGGCUAGCUCCAUAAAGCUUUGGUGUGGAGGGACAGACCAUGUGUGUGGUCUUACCACUCAGCUGUGCUCUUACAUGGCACCAGGUUGUAUAAGCAUAUUCCAAGAGCAAGUCCUGAACACAAGAGCAGAGGAGGAUUGUAUAGCUUGCAAAUCCCAGCAGGGCUUGGUGCUUGGCACAACUAGGGAGCUUCCAUUCAUGUCCAGUGGAAGGAGGUUUACUGGUGAGAACUGGGGGAGCUUCAAGGCUCUAGAUUUAGAACACAAACACACAAGUCCCAGAAUCCUUUCUGUUUCUGGCCCAAUGCACCCUGCCACCCUAUUUGCCCUCUUACACUUGCUCUGUUAGCUCUUGGGUUUUAUUUUCUGGGUGCAUUUCUGAGGCCUACAGAGAAAGCUUAGUUCAAGUUGCUGUGCAUCCUGCCCAGCUCUCUAUUAGGGGCCUUUUAUACUAAUUCUCUUGUGGCAGGGCAGAGGGAGUAGCAAGGCUGCUGUUAAUUGCAGGGUGUAAUUAAAGAACAAGUAGGGGGUUACUAUCAUGAUUGACACACCAGCACAUCCUCCUGACUUUGUAAACAGGAAGCUGAUGCUUCCCGAGAAGGGACAAACAGCAAACGGUGUGAUGAAGGCAAAAAGCAACUUGCAUAGGAUGCAAAUACUAACAUGACGGUGAUGACUGCUCUUCCAGACCCCAAGCUCCAUCCAUACCCAAAGCACUGGAGUUUAGCUGCUGCUCUCUGUUCAGAACAGCUGAUACACUGUGCAUCCUUGCAUCAGCCAAACUCUCAACCAAAGAGGCAAAGAAGGAUGACACCUUUCUGGAGAGGGGUCUCCUCCCUCAGACCCAUUGGAGCCUCCUGCAAGGAUGACGGCGAAUGCAUCACAAUGCGAUGCAGGAAGAGCCACUGUUCCUUAAGAACUUCCCGGGAAUGAUCUGUCACUAAGGAAAAGAAAACAUUGCUUUUACCUCCGAUGAGGCCCCACUCGGCAUGUGAAAUAUUUAUUCAACUGCCCUGAGUUAGGACAUUGACUUAUGUAAUGGCAUAUAUUUAGUAUUUGUGCCAGAACUAACGAGGAACUUCAGGAAGACUAAGUACAUACACUGGACAGAGCUGCACCACUGCCAAGCAUGCCAGAAGAUGAGUCUUGGGCCAAGCUCAGUAAAAGACCUUGCAUCUCAGGUUUUUAUAUUGUUUGUAUUGUACAUAUUUUUAUGCAAAUUAAAAUUUUGUGUUCAGCAAACAAA